UAUUAAGAAAGGGAGCGGAGCUGCUGCGGUUUUAGUGUUGCGUUGAAACAUCGGAUCACAGGCAGCGUUUUUUUUUCCCCACCGCUCACCUGUAGUAGAAAAUCCGACAUGAGAUCUCAGGUGCGUUUUGGUACGCGGUAGGGACGUCGGAAGGUAGUGUAAGAUAUUCGUGGUGGAAAUCAUUGGAUUUUUUUUUUUUUUUAAGAAGCCAUAUUUCUGCGUAAAGACGCGCUAUCAAUCGGUUUGUCCUCCAUGCUGAAGUCAGCGAGCUCUGGUAUGGCGGCCUGCGCCCCCGGGAGCCGCUUUAACGGCGGAUACAGCACCAGCAGCACCGGUACCAUCACCAUCACCAGCAGCACCGCGCCCGCUCCGCCUCCGGUCCCUGCGUACAAGGCCAAGCAGAAAGGCUUCUGCCUGGUUAGGAUGAUGAAUCUGAACGGUAAAAAAGGGACCACAGAUCCCCGUAAACAGCAGCACCAGCACGGCACCGUGCCCUUUAUCAUUCACUGCCACAUCGGUAAAGAAAUCAAGCACAUUUGUGGCAACUGCAGCCGCGCCUCCGAAGCGCAAGACGCGGAGGAGGUGGAGCGUUUGGCUGCCAUGCGUUCCGAGUCGCUCGUCUCCGGCACGCACACGCCGCCGAUUCGCCGCAGGAGCAAGUUCGCCACGCUCGGCCGACUUUUCAAACCCUGGAAGUGGAGGAAGAAGAAGAGCGAGAAGUUCAAGCAGACCUCAGCAGCUCUGGAGAGGGAGAUGUCGGCGAGGCAGAGCCGGGAGGAGCUCAUCAAGCGGGGAGUGCUGAAGGAGAUCUUUGAGAAAGACUCGAGGAUGGCUGUAGUGAAGCAGGAGGUGAGGCUGGAGAACGGUUUGUGCGCGACGCCCAACCCUUUAGAGAGCAGCCGAGCGACUGAGCUGCUACUGCAGGGACUGACAGACGGCCACGGGGCGGCUCCUCUGGAAUUCCGGGCCUCCAUGGAAGGCAGUGUUUGUCCUCAGGACCCCUCACUGAAGUCGUCCCUGGUUCUGCCUGCUAAGAAAUCUGUGGUUUUUGCAGGUGAGGUUCAGGAGAACUCUGCGAAAGCUGCGCUCUUCCACAAGCAGCCGCCAGCUCUGCCACCCAAGCCUUUUACACGGCAGAUCAACCACAGCAUAGAGCCAUGUCAGACCCUGAAGCUGCCCUGUGUUCAGGGCAAACACUCUCCUCCUCUUCCUCCUAAGAAGGUGAUGAUCUGCGUGCCGUCCGGAGGUCUGGAGCUGCCUGUCUCGUCCCCGAGCCCUCUCGCCACCUACCCCGGGAAGUGCACUCCCAUGAUGCACCACGGCAGCCUGGGGGGGCAUCACGGACACCCGCACCAGCUUCAGUACGGCAGCGUCCCCAGCCGCAUCAUCGAGGAGCUCAACAAGACGCUGGCGCUGUCCAUACAGAGGCUCGAGAGUUCUGCAUUGCAUUCUGGGCAGUGUGGUCUUUUGGAGAGCAGACCGGUGCCCACAGUGGUGAUCGAGUGUGAGGACGAUAAAGAGAACAUGCCCAGUGAGUCAGAUUAUGAGGACUUACCCAGCAUGUACAAGGAAGACCUGGAGGAAGAAGACGAGGAGGACGACGACGAGGAUGACGACUCGCUAUUCACGAAUACUUUAGCCUUGAAGGUGCUGAGGAAAGACUCGCUGGCUAUAAAGCUGAGUAACAGGCCGUCUAAGCGGGAGCUGGAGGAGAAGAACAUCCUGCCCAUGCAGACUGAUGAGGAGAGACUCGAGUCCAGACAGCAGAUCGGCUCCAAACUCACACGGAGACUGAGCCAAAGACCCACAGCAGAGGAGUUGGAGCAGCGAAACAUUCUGAAACCACAGAAUGAGCAGGACGAGCUGGAGGAGAAGAGGGAAAUCAAACGGCGACUCACACGCAAGCUCAGCCAAAGGCCCACAGUAGAGGAACUACGGCAGGCCAAGAUCCUGAUCCGCUUCAGCGAUUAUGUAGAAGUAGCCGACGCUCAGGACUACGACCGGCGGGCUGAUAAACCCUGGACACGCCUCACUGCUGCAGACAAGGCUGCCAUACGGAAAGAGCUCAACGAUUACAAGAGCAUGGAGAUGGAGGUGCAUGAAUCCAGUCGCCAUUUAACCAGGUUUCACAGGCCGUAGACGAGUGUAGACCGGACCACGCUGGACCAGAGUUCUCGGGUCUGGACCUCUCGUUCACUCCGAACCACAAAUGCUGGUCAAAUCGAUGGUGCACGAAAAUCACACAAAAAGCCAAGUUCUAGAGAGGGAGGGGCAAAUAUUUAUUUUAUGCCUUUUACAAAAACCCAGGACAUCGCCCCAAAGCCUCACCAGCCUGAAAUUUCGCUGUAAGAGGGGGAAAAAAAAAAAAACAUAAAAAAAACAACAAAAAAAAACAAAAAAAACACCAUGGCAGUAAACGUGUGUUUUUGCCUGGAAUCGGCUUUUCUGAUUAUUUUUUCGUUUCUUUUUUCCUCCCUGGUUCACCUUUUUCUUUUUUCUUUCUUUUUUUUUUUUUUCCCACGUCUUCUCCAGGGCGGUCAGAAGGUGGCGCUGGAACACUCCGGCUCAAACAGGGUUGGGGGGGAUUUUGAGAAUACGUGUUUAGAGCGCCGUCUCUCUGGCGCCCUCUGCUGGCCAACACCGUUAUACACACACACACACACACACACACACACACACACAUUGUACAGACUCUAUGGACCUCUGCAGUAAACUGUGAGCGGCGGAGCUCAGACGGCGCUUUGCGCUCUCGCCACGUGUACAUUAUGUUUAUACCGGAUUAUUGAGUAGAAUAUUUUAAACGUGUAAAAUUCAUUAUUAUACAAAUGAGGAACGGAAACCUUUAUUUAAAAAAGGAAGGGCUUGCUCGAUGGGAUCGGAUCAGAGGAUGCAGAUGUAUAUGUACAUGAUUAUAUAUGAAGUGUCUUUUUUAAUUUUUUUUUAAAAUGUAUUUAUUUUUUUCAUUCUGAACCUGCUAUUAAUUUUUCUUCUUCUUAUUAUUAUUAUUAUUAUUAUUAUUAUUAUAAUUUUUU